GAUUGUACCGGGUUCAGACAGCCGGGAGAGCUGCCAUUCUCACAGCAGGGUCCAUUCCAGCCUGAGAGAGGACCUGGCAGGCAGGCUACAAGGUCAUUCCCUCUCCCUGUGGGGCCGAGGGCCAGGCUGGCUGUUGGAUGUGAAGACACGCUGGAGAAGAGCACGAUGCUGCCUGCAAGUGCUGGCCACCGGUGGAGGAGCAGGUUCCUCAUGAGGUGGCAGGAGGCUUGUCUGCUUGGCUGCUGGCUCUCACUAUGUGCUGCUGAGUCCUUCUUUGCUUGUCCUUCCUCCUGCAAGUGUAACAGUGGAAAUCUGGAAGUGGACUGCAGUGGCUUGGGCCUCUCUUCCAUUCCCUCAGACAUCCCCACAAACACCAGGACCUUCCUCUUUCUCAACAACAAACUCAGCAUCCUGCCAGGAGCAGUGUUUUCCAACCUCUCUGCUCUGCAGAGGUUGGAUCUAUCCAACAACUUCUUGGACCAGCUCCCUCAGAACAUCUUCAGUGACCUGGGGAACCUCACAGAGCUCCAGCUGAGGAACAACAGCAUCCGGGCCUUGGACAAGGACCUGCUCCAGCACACGGCCCUGCUGCGCCAGCUGGAUCUCUCCAUCAACGGCCUGGCCCAGAUCCCUUCGGGCAUCUUUGAUGACUUGCCUGCCCUCCGCUCCCUCUCCCUCAGGUCCAAUCGCCUGCAGAGCCUGGACAGGGUGACCUUUGAGCCUCUGACCAGCCUGCAGCAUCUCCAGGUUGGGGAUAACCCCUGGGAAUGCGACUGCAACCUCCGGGACUUCAAGCACUGGAUGGAGUGGUUCUCCUACCGAGGUGGGAAAAUCGACCAGCUGGCCUGCACCCUGCCCAAGGAGCUGAAAGGAAAGGACAUGCGGAUGGUGCCCAUGGAGAUGUUCAACUACUGCUCCCAGCUGGAUGAUGAGAACAGCUCUACAGUGCUGGACAAUACUGGCCCACCUUGCACUAAAGGAAGCCCUGCUCCUUCCAAAUCUAAAUCAGGCCCAGAAACAGAAGUGGAGCCCAGUGUGGGAUGCCCUCAGAAACAGCGGUACAGGCCUGUGAGCGUGCGCCGGGCGAUCGGCACUGUGAUCAUUGCAGGGGUGGUUUGUGGCAUCGUUUGCAUCAUGAUGGUGGUGGCAGCUGCCUAUGGCUGCAUCUAUGCCUCCCUCAUGGCCAAGUACCACAGGGAGCUGAAGAAGAGGCAGCCUCUCAUGGGUGACACAGAAGGUGAACACGAAGAACAAAAACAAAUCUCUUCUGUGGCGUGAAACUGUUCUUGGAAGGAAGGGACAGCGAUGAAAAAAGGUACCUGAGAGCAGUCAAGCAUGGGGUCCUCCCAAAAUACAUCUUCCCAGACAGACUGUGCUAUUGCUCCACUCACCCAAGUAGUACAACAUGCUUCUGGGGGGUCAGGGCACCUGGCUCAAUUUCUUUUCCUCUGCCCCAGGCCUAUUUUGUGCCCUUUCACCCUUGGGCCCUCCCAGAUAAAUAAAGUAGAGUCAGACCUCGAGUGCUUGCUGUGCCUCAUGCCCUUGCA